AUGCCGUGCCAGGACAUCAAUGGGGGCUCUGGCGUGCUAUUUGAAUUGAACAAGUGUCAGCGUCGAGGGGAAACAGCGUCGAAGCUGUCGCUCCGCAGCCCGUGGCCCCCGCCGCGCCGCCCACCCCUUUACGCCCAUUCUCAGAUGUUGUUGUACAGCAUUUGCAUGUCCUGCCAGCUUCCAGUCCUGCCGGUUCGACUACGGCACGACGCUCUCAAAACUCAAAAUAUUAACACUUUAACGCCAAGUUUUUUAUCCGGCUGCCGGAAACAGACAACACAGACAUACACACACACAUAGGCACAGACACAACACAAAUACUGAGCCCUCGGCGGCGGCGGCAAAACGCCAUGUUGGAUUAUUCAGCUCGACGCCAUUUCGCGUCACAAUGCGCGCUAUGCGCCGCCAUCAUUGCACUCGACAGCGAACGGCACGGCACACGGCACAAGGCACACGGCACAAGGCACACGGCAGCAGCAGCAGGAGCAGCAACAGCUAUGACUAACAACGUUAGUGGCACACCCGGCGGAUGAAGUUGCAAUUCAAAGUCAUAAACACGUGGAGCGUGGGCGCAAAGUCUAAGCUAAGCCGCGAAGCAGGCUGACACUGGCAGCGGCAGCAGCAGCGGCA